CGUUGUCUGUCCUGGGUCUAUACUGAAACGUUACAUAUCCGAGCAGCUAUAUCCGAAAAUAGCGAGGACGACGGGAACGCACUCACUUCGUAUCCGCGCCGAUGCCUCAUGAGGGGCGUCUAACCACCUGCAGGCUGAAGGAUGCCGGAUACAAGAUCAAUAACCAACGAUCGCCUGCGGCAAGCACCUCCUUUCUCGCUAUGUAAAUGACAUGCGCAUCGUGGGGUCCGAAGGAGGAACAACAGGCUAAAGGCCCUAACAUUGCCAAAAGUUGGAUCCGCAGGGAGGAAUCAAAACAGGUGUCCGAUCCGUUCGCAGUGGUUCCGCCGAUCUGGACGAGAUACACGUCAGUCACAUCGCCCACAAACAGCCUCACCGCGCAUUGAAAAGGAGCACAUUUGGGUUAUUGUAUACCCGAGACCAAGAAUGCAG